AAUUUUAUCAUGUAUACACUUUUACACACUUAAUCGUUAUAUACAUACGAUUUAGUUAGUAUCAAUCGCGUAUGAGAUCGAUGUUGAAUGGAGAUCGUAGUGAGUGGCUGGACAAGCGCAUGGAAUCACGCAUGAGGAAAAAAUUAAAAUGUGAUGAUGUAUACGCAAAGUCUAGGAGUUCUAGCCCUGAUGUUUACAAAGACAUUCUAAAAAGACGCUGUAGACCUAAGCCUGAAAGUCGCAGCGGCGAUUCACCCCUUAAGGCCGGUGAGGGAGAUGCAUCAGAAGAUGCCACAAAUGAAGACUCCAGAGCUGAAAGUGAUGACAAAGAAUAUGGACCACAGCCUUUGAAAAUAGUACAAUCUCUGAAUAAGAGAAUAAAAUAUAGCAAUGAACUCCUUCCGGGAGAAGGCGCAGCUAUUGCACAAUAUGUGCAAGAGGGAAAGCGAAUACCAAGAAGAGGAGAAGUCGGUAUUACCAGCGAACAAAUUGAGCAAUUUGAAAAGAUUGGAUAUGUAAUGAGCGGCUCUAGACAUAAGGCCAUAAAUGCUAUGCGCAUCAAGAAGGAAUCACUGGUGCUAACUGCAGAACAGGAACGGGCAAGAAUCAUAGAAAACUAUGAAAAAACGAUAAACCAGGAGAACGAACUUAUAAACAACCUGAAAGAAAUGAUAAGAAAAAAGCGGCAGGCCAAAGAAGAUAAUCUCUAGAUAUUCAAUAAUAAAUCGUU